AAUUGACCUUUUCAGGUUUGUAUUGUUGUUUUCCUGUUUGGACCUGGAAUCCAUUGCUUCUGCUAACUUUAUUGCUUUUGUAUCUUGAUUGCGACAUAAAAUGCCUUCUCAGAUAUCCUCCUCACAUGGGGAUAGUCCCCUGUAUGAAGCUGUUGAUGAGGCAGCCAUGCUCAAAUCUUCGAGUAACACACUUAUUCGAUAUGGUGGGAGUUUUUCUCCUUCUUUGAUCGUCGGAGCGAAGGGGGUCUAUAUAUAUACAGCGGAUGGGAGGAAGAUUUUGGAUUUCACGUCGGGACAAAUGGUGCGUGUUUUCCAAAACUAUUUCGAACGCUCCGGGCAACUUUUCAUAAUGACAUUGCUGACCUUAAUAUCCCUCACAGUCAUGUAUGGUCGGUCAUGGGCAUCCAGAGAUCGUGGAAACUAUCAUUUCACAUGCAGCAGGAUUGGAUCAUCUUUUCAGUGGCAUGCUCAGUCCACCGGUCAUACAAUUGGGUGAGAUGUUGACAGGUCUUCUUCCUGCCGGCUUGGAUAAAGCUGCAUUCUUGAGCACGGGAGCAGAGAGUAAUGAGGCUGCGAUCGAGAUGGCGAAGCUUUACACCGGAAAGUAUGAGAUUGUUGCACUAGGAGCGAGUUGGCAUGGGAUGACUAGCGCUGCUACGGCUGCCACUUAUCAUUCUGGGAGAAGAGGAUAUGGUCCAUCUGUAAGUUCCUUUUCGCUCACAUACUUGACAUACCACGGUACUAAUUGAAGCAGUCCGUCGGCAGUUUCGUUCUCCCAUGUCCCAAUUCCUAUCGCUCGAUAUUCCGCAAGGAAGAAGGCUCCUACGACUGGGAAACUGAACUUAACUACGGCUGGGAUCUUAUCGAUCAGUCAUCCAACGGUUCCCUCGCAGCUGUCAUCCUGGAACCAAUCCUCAGUUCAGGCGGAAUGAUUGUUCUUCCACCCGGCUAUCUCAAAGCGAUGAAAGCACACUGCGAGAAACGCGGGAUGCUACUCAUAGUAGAUGAAGCACAAACCGCCAUCGGACGCUGCGGUUCCAUGUUUGCAAUCGAGCACGAAGGUGUCACGCCAGAUAUCUUGACCUUGAGUAAGACGCUUGGAAAUGGACUACCGCUUGCGGCAGUCAUCACAUCGAAAGAAAUUGAGGAGACUUGUUUCGAACGUGGGUUUCUAUUCUACACAACGCAUGUCAAUGAUCCCCUCCCGGCAGCUGUCGGUCUCAAAGUUCUUCAGAUUGUCGUGAGAGACAAUCUCGUAGAACGCUCUAAACACGCGGGUCAGAAGAUGAAAGCCAGGUUGGAAUAUUUGAAAACAAAAUAUGGAUGUAUAGGCGAUGUCCGAGGACGUGGCCUCAUGUGUGGUGUUGAAAUUGUGGCGGAUAGGAUUAAAAAGACUCCGUCUGUCGAAUUGGGAGAUGCUUUGAUGAAGAAGAUGAUGGAGCUGGGACUUAGUGCUAAUUUGAGCACUAUGAAGAGCUUUGGGGGUGUUUUUAGAAUUGCGCCCCCGAUUGCGAUUGAGGAUAAGGAGUUGGAAGCUGGAUUGGAUAUCUUUGAGGAGGCGUUGAGAUGCACAGAGGGCACUAUGCCGUUAUAAAGUAUGACUCGGAAAGUAUCGUGGAUAUUGGAAGGCAGGUAAGCAUCGUAUCCCACUCUUCAUAUACUAGAGCCUAGAGGUUACUGAUUUCCGGUGUGUGAAGAGUUAUGUCCCACUUUUGUACAAGAAUUAACUGGAUAUUUUCCGUUGCAAUUACUGUUUAGUGUGGUUCAGCUGUGGUAUCCGGAUGGUAUCGCAACAACCCAAUUAUCUCGGUCUUAUCUCGAUGCAGGAACCACAUUUUCAUGUCUCGAGAAUUCCCUUAGGUUGACGAUCAUGUGGCAUAUCCAAGAUUACUGCUUGUAAACGCU